AUAUACGGAGCCUCUCCCAGAGAACCAUCACCAUCGACCUCAACCUGCCAACUCAGCUCUCUAGACUCUUCGCUCCUCUCCACUGAGAACACACUUCUCAUAUCCACCGUCUAGUCAUUCGUUUUGUGAAUAGCCUAAUACAUACAAACCUACAUACCUACACACAUAAUUAAUAAUCCCCCCAACCUCACCUCCAAGAUGCAAUUCUCAAGCACCAUCCUCUCGACCCUCCUCCUGUGCGCAUCAUCGACCCUCGCAGCCCCAAUCUCAAUGGCAGCCCCGAACGCAGCACAGUGGACGAUCGAGUCCCUAAAGCGGACCUGCGACGACGGCGACAAGACGUGCGUGUGGACGUUCAACAUCAACACGGGCGAAGAGGGCGUCAGCGCCACCAGCGUCGACAGCUACACCGUCAACGCCACCGACUCGGCCCCGGCCUCCCGCGCCAUCGGCCAGGCCCAGAAGUUCGGCAACUUCACCGUCACGAGCACCUGGAGCGGCCAGUUCGGCGAGGGCGAGGGCUUUACCACUAUGAGCGUUAUUGAUUAUGCUAAGGGGUUGAUUGUGUACCCUGCUUACAAGGAUACGCAGCUGGUGAACGGACAGGUCGUUUCGCCUGACCAGAGCUACCCCGUCCAGAACCUUCCUUCUUAGAGAUUCGAGGGAGAUGUUGUUGAUGGAGGAGUGAAGCGGAUAUUGGAAAUGU